CCGAGCUGAACAAGCAAAGCAACAAGUGCACGCAGCAAGCUUCAUUGGCUUUAAGUCUCCUGUGAUCUUGCUGCUCAGAGUCCAAUUAAGCUGCCACGUAAAUUUGUCGUCUUGUCGAUCGUGCUUGACUCCUCCAAUGGCGUCGCGUCUUGUGUUUUUGGCGCCUCUCCUCGUUGUGCUCUUCAUGUCCAGUGCUCUAGGAGCUGCUGGGACGACGAGCGAUGGCACCUCGGCCGGCGGCGUGAGCUCCUCGAGCAGCUCUAAUGCAGCCGAUGCCGCGGCCAGGGGCAGUUCGCUGGCGUCGUCGCAGAGCGUGUUCAGCCUCGACUGCUACGGCGCCCGUGGCGACGGGAGGCACGACGACACGCGGGCGCUGGCGAAGGCGUGGACGGCGGCGUGCGCCUCCUCACGGCCGGCCGUCGUGCUCGUCCCCAAGGGCAAGCGCUACCUGCUCAAGCUCGUCAGCCUCUCCGGCCCGUGCAAGUCCAGCGUCGUGGUCGCGGUGCAGGGCACGCUCGUGGCGUCGCCGAACCGGGCGGACUGGGGUGACAAGGACAGGAGGCACUGGAUCGUGUUCCGUGGGGUCAACAAGCUCACCGUCAACGGCGGCGGCGCCAUCGACGGCAACGGCGACAAGUGGUGGCAGCACUCGUGCAAGAUCAACAAGGCUCUCCCGUGCAAGGAGGCUCCAACGGCUUUGUCAUUCCACUACUGCACGAAUUUGAGGGUGGAAGAUCUAAAAAUUGCGAAUAGCCAACAAAUUCACAUGUCGAUCGAGGAUUGCACCACUGUACAAUUGGCACGCCUGUCUAUCACGGCGCCCGGCACUAGUCCCAACACUGACGGCAUCCACAUCACUCGCAGCAAAGAUGUGCAGGUCACGAACUGCAAGAUCAAAACUGGGGAUGACUGCAUGUCAAUCGAGAAUGGAACGCAUAAUCUUCAUGUUUCGAAUGUUGUGUGUGGACCAGGGCACGGAAUUAGUAUUGGGAGCUUAGGAGACGACAACUCAAGAGCUGAAGUCUCCGGGAUUACCAUAGACAUGGUGAAAUUGUAUGGCACAACCAAUGGAGCACGCAUUAAGACAUACCAGGGAGGAAGUGGGUACGCAAAGGACAUCACAUUCCAAAACAUGAUCAUGGACUGUGUUAAAAACCCAAUAAUCAUCGAUCAGAACUACUGCGACAAGGCUAAGCCGUGCAAAGCACAAGGAUCAGCAGUGGAGGUUAGCAAUGUGGUCUUCAAGAACAUCAGGGGGUCAACCAUUACCAAGGAUGCUAUUAAGAUGAACUGCAGCAAGAAUGUCCCAUGCCAUGGCAUUACCUUGCAGAACAUUGACCUGAAAAUGGAGGGCGGCAAGGGUGCCACAGAAAGCACCUGCCAGAACGCAAAAUGGAGAAAAUCUGGGACAGUUCUUCCACAGCCCUGCACUGCCAAAAACUAGGGGGUAACUUGAACUGAGCAGGAUAUAAUCUGUACAAAUUGAAUAGUGUGGAAAAGCAACUAGCAGUCAGACCAGUAUAUACAUUGUCCCAAAACUUAUGGGGUUUCUACUAGGAACUUGCAAUUCGCUGUGUUGAUCAGUGUAUUUGUGAAUUGAUACAUGUAACAUCACUGUACAUUUUUUUAAUACAAAGCAACAACAGAUGAUGAUGCUUAUGAGUUAA